AAAAUUCUCUUGUCUCCAUCACACUGCUCUUCUUUCUUUCUCACUCAUGCUUCCUCUCACUUUUCUUCACUCCUUCACUUUCCCAACCCCCCUCUCUUCCCGCCGGUUUCCCCAUCUUCCGUCACCGGAUUCUUCUCCGGCCCAACCCUUUUACCUCCUCCGGCUAACCUCCUCUCCCUCUCUCUCUCUCAGUUUCAAUUUCAAUUUUAAUUUCAUUUUCAGUUUACCCAUACAGGUUCGUUUAAACUGAACUAGGGUUUUCUUUUGCACCACCACCACCAUGGUUUCCGACGGUACUGGACCACCGUACUCCUUCGCUCUUGAAUACGAAGGUCCUCUACCACACCACGCUCUUCCCCGAGCUCUUCCAAUCGACAUCAACAAGAUUCCCGUUGCCGCAAUCAUUCCCCCUUCUCGUAACAGCGGUAAACUCUCUUUGCCUGUUGUACAACCCAUUCUUGCUUCCAAACUCUCCACCGAAACCAUUAUCUCCCCAAUUUCCGUUAUCUCAUUCAGCAGUAAUGAUAAUUCUAACUGUAAUGGUAACGGUGACGGAGAGAAAGAUUUAGGGUUAGGUACGCAAACGGAAACCACCGUGUCUCCGGUGAGUUCUAGUGAUCCUGAUGUGUUUAUAAGCUCUGGUGAGUUUAUGGAUCUGAUUAAUGGGACAACUGGUAGGGUUGAUAGUUCAGGUACUUUAGGGUUUUCGGAUAGUUUUGAUAAGUCUAAGGACUUUUCUGGAAAUUCACUUGCUUUUAGAGCUUCAAAUGUUUGUAAAGAGAGUGUGGAUGAUGAUUUUAACGAGUCGAAUGGGUCGAGGUUGAGUUUUGAGUAUCCGUCGUCUCGGGUUUCGUGUUCUGGUAAAGAUGGAGAGGGUAAGGAUGAUGAGGCGGGUUGUGAUUUGAGACGAAACGCGUUGAUCGGUUUUCCGGAUGUUGAGUCGGAAGAUGAGGAUUUAGGUGAGGGGGUUAGUCAGGUUGAACCCGCGGUUGCGCGGGUGAAAGUACGAGAGACGGAGGUGAAAACGAGAAAAGGGGCGUGUUAUCGGUGUUGUAAAGGAAAUAGGUUUACGGAGAAGGAAGUGUGCAUCGUUUGUAAUGCGAAAUAUUGUGUCAACUGUGUGCUUAGAGCGAUGGGGUCGAUGCCGGAAGGAAGAAAGUGUGUUACUUGCAUCGGGUAUUCGAUUGACGAGUCGAAGAGGGGUAAAUUGGGGAAAUGUUCUCGUAUGCUGAAACGGCUUCUUAAUAGCUUAGAGGUUAGACAGAUAAUGAAAGCUGAAAAACUAUGUGCGGUUAAUCAAUUGCCGUCAGAGUAUGUUUGUGUCAACGGAAAACCGCUUUGUCACGAUGAGCUGGCGAUACUGCAAGGCUGCCCUAAUCCUCCAAAGAAGCUAAAACCGGGAAAUUAUUGGUAUGAUAAAGUAUCCGGUCUUUGGGGAAAGGAGGGUGAGAAACCGUCAAAGAUUAUUAGUCCCCAUUUAAACGUUGGGGCCCCGAUUAUGCCCGAUGCUAGCAAUGGAAACACAGGUGUUUUCAUAAAUGGUCGUGAAAUAACAAAAGUCGAGCUAAGAAUGCUUCAGCUUUCUGGAGUCCAGUGUGCUGGUAAUCCACACUUUUGGGUGAAUGAUGAUGGUUCAUAUCAGGAAGAAGGUCAGAAAAACACUAGAGGGUAUAUAUGGGGAAAAGCUGGAACGAAGCUGGUUUGUGCUGUAUUAUCUCUUCCAGUUCCGUCUAAAACAGUUUAUCCCACUGGAGAGCAAUUGAGUAGCAACACGCUUGGUCAAUCAUUGCCGGAUUAUUUUGACCAGAUUUCCCCUCGUAAACUUCUUUUAAUUGGAUGUUGUGGAUCUGGUACAAGUACCAUUUUUAAGCAGGCAAAAAUCCUGUAUAAAGACAUCCCUUUUACCGACGAAGAACGCGAAAGUAUCAAAUUCAUAAUCCAAAGCAACGUCUAUGGCUACCUUGGGAUACUUCUAGAAGGGCGUGAACGCUUUGAAGAUGAAGCGUUGAAUGAAAUUAAGAACACUGAAUCUACAGGAGAUGGCGUUGCGGAAAACGAGGAAACUAUAUACUCUAUCCCCCCGAGGUUGAAAACGUUUUCUGAUUGGCUUCUUAAAACCAUGGUGGCUGGUAAUUUGGAAGAUAUAUUCCCAGCUGCCACACGGGAAUAUGCACCGGUUGUUGAAGAACUAUGGAAUCAUCGCGCAAUGCAGGCCACUUACAGGAGACGAAAUGAAUUGGAAACACUCCCAAGUGUUUCUAGUUAUUUCAUGGAACAGGCUGCCAACAUAUUGAGCGCGGACUAUAUACCUUCAGAUGUUGACAUUUUGUAUGCGGAACAUGUUACUUCUUCAAACGGGCUUUCUAGUGUCGAUUUCUCGUUCCCUUCGUUACCAGAUGAAAACGAUGACAUGACUGAUCAACAUAAUUCUCAACUCAGGUUUCAAUUAAUAAGAGUGCAAGCAAGAGGAUAUGGGGAAAAUUGCAAAUGGCUUGAAAUGUUCGAAGAUGUUCGUGUUGUCAUCUUCUGUGUUUCGUUGAGUGAUUUUGAUGAGUAUGCCAUUGAUGCAGAUGGGAAUUUAGUCAACAAAAUGUUGCUAAAUAAGAAGUUUUUCACAAGCAUUGUGACACACCCGACUUAUGAUCAGAUGGAGUUUCUUCUAGUACUAAACAAAUUCGAUGUGUUUGAGGAGAAACUCGAACGGGUUCCUUUAACUUGCUGUGAUUGGUUCAGCGACUUCCAGCCGAUAGUCAGCCGAAACAGCCAGAAUAAAAACAUUAGCAGCAACAACAUUAAUCAUAGCCCUUCAAUGGGACUAAUGGCUUCACAUUACGUCGCUGUGCAGUUCAAGAAGCUAUAUUCAUCGAUCACUGAUCGUAAGCUGUUUGUUUCAGUGGUUAAGGGAUUGGAACCAAACAGUGUGGAUCAAACACUCAAGUAUGCAAAGGAGAUACUUAUCUGGGAUGAAGAAAAACCUACCUUUAACUUCAAUGAAUACGCAAUUUAUAGCACGGAUACAGGUUCUAAUUCCGAAUGAUCAUCCUCGGAUUAAAAAGCAGAAAGACAACAUUGUACAGAAAGACGAGAACAACCAUGUGUUUUGACAUCAAUUUAGUUUGAUUUGUAGGCGAUUGGUUGGUUUAGUUGUAUUAUAUGAUUUCAAAACGAUCCGGAUUGAUUUAGAUAAUACCAAUGUAUGUAACCCGUAUUGUUUGUUUGUAUGACUAGCAAGUGAAAUCUUGAUCAAA